AUGGAAAGGACGCCUUCUCCGUUCUUUGCCGGACAUGCACAUCCCCGGCCCUCCUCCACUUCACCCUCCGGCCCGAGACGAGUGACAACGAAGCUAGCACCGCUGGUCGUGCGUUGCGAAGUACGGAGCCGCAUACCAUCACAGUUUGGCGGACUGUGCUAUGUGCACUUGUACAGCAACAACAAGGACGACGAGGAGCACCUUGCGUUGGUCUACGGGGAGGACAUUGAAAGCGCCACGUUAGAGGAAAUGCGUCCGGGGGAUACGGAUCAGGAGCGGAUGCUGCGGGGUGUAAAGUCCGUGGCUGGGGAGCGUCAGACGACAGAAAAUGGGUCCGCUGACGGGGUUGUGAGCACAGCGCCAUUAAUACGGAUCCAUUCGUGUUGCUUUACGGGAGAGACGUUGGGAUCGCUGCGCUGUGACUGUGCGGAGCAGUUGGAGGAGGCGAUGCGCCUUAUGGCGGCGGAGGGCCGUGGCGUGGUUUUGUAUCUGAAGCAGGAGGGCCGGGGGAUAGGGCUGAGAGAGAAGCUGAGGGCAUACAAUCUCAUUGACCUGGGCCACGAUACGAUGGCAGCCAACAUCGCGCUCGGACAUCCAGCGGACGCCCGGACGUACGAAAUCGCGAGCGCCAUGUUGAAGGACCUCGGAGUUCUCAAGGCGCGGCUGCUGACGAACAACCCAGACAAGCUGUACCACCUACAAAAUGACGGCAUCGAAAUAGUAGAGCGAGUGCCUAUGAUUCCAGCAAGUUGGAGGCGGAUGGGCGUCAACGUCGGCAUUCCUGUCGAGAAGCUACCGCCUUCUGCCAUCACCACCGCAUCACAAUCAUCUGUCUCACCAUCUGCAGCAGCAUCAACAUCACCAUCCUCAUCAUCACAACCUACAACACUACUUAACACCAACGGCACGCAUGCAACGCCGAUACAGUUACAGGACAGAGACGAAUACCUGGUUACGAAAGUGCAGCGGAUGGGUCACAUCCUGAACAUCCCGUCGCAGGUGCUGGAAGCCGUGAAUGGGGUGGCAUCCGCUCACGCGGCAAAGACAGUUCUUUCCCAAAGUGGGACUCCUCAGCAUUAG